UAAGAACAACACUGCUGUACACUGACCCCCUAUACUGCAGUGUAGCGCUAUGCGUGGAAUAUGUGUGUCCCUGCAACUGAUGGUGAUGAUGGCGCCCUCCAGGACUGUCAACGAUGGUUACAACAAGCACAGUAACCACACCACCUACCUGCACGCUGCCUCCUUCCGUCAACCCACCACUGCUAACGUCGAGGAUAAACUGGAAUCUCUGUCUACAAAUUCACAUCAUCUUCCCUUCACUGAGAUGCCGUUUAACCUUCACAUUCAUCCACCUUCAGUGUACCAACUUGCUACCAGAAGGUACACAGGUAAAGCGUCCACUAAACCCUUCUCUAUAUCUCCGCCACUUAUCUCUCACACAUCUCCAUCAUCAAGACGAUACCGUAGGAUGAUAAAACUGCCUGUACGAGACGAAGACUCCCUGGCCGUGCUGCUGAGCGCCAUCGUGAUCGAGCAGUUGAGGGAGUGCGUCCUGGUGGUGGCUGCCGACCAAGGCUUCUGGAGGUCACCAGUGAUGGACCGCCUCCUGCGACUCCCUAACCUGAGACAGGUGGUGAACGUGGUGGGUGUGCAGGACCUGCAGAAGGCGGUGUUGAAGGCACAGCAGUGUCGAGGUUACCUGCUGCUCCUGAGCGACCCAGCGCCGCUCUACACCUUGACCGACCCAGUGACAGGCGCCUGGGACUAUGACGGCAGGUACGUGGUGGCAGGGAUGUCCCAGGACCAGCUGCACGCCCUCACCAUCACUAGGAAGGGCAGGAAGACCCAACACAUUGUUGGUGUAGUUCAAUCAGGGGACGCUGGGCAGUACGUGGUGGUGAUGAACCAGCUCUACCAGCGGGAGAGGAUGGCCCGGGUGUUUACGUGGACCACCUCAAGAUCCUCCACCAUCCCCGUCAACCUCUUCCCGGACAAGAUCACAGACCUGCAGGGAGCUGUUCUUAAUGUGAUCACGAUUGAGUUGCCUCCCAACAUUAUUUACCAGCGGGCGAAGAACGGCUCAGUGCUCCGCCGCUACGGCGUCGACGUGGACGUGGUCACCGCCCUCGCUCAGGUCUUCAACUUUACUAUAAGGUUCAAGGAAACUCCGCCGGGUGAACUGUGGGGGGAGGUGACGAGUAAUGGUACCUGGAACGGUUUGGUGGGGCUGCUGGGGACAGGUGAGGGGGAUAUAGGCAUCGCCAACCUCUUCAUCACAGCCCUGGGCGGCCGGAAGGAGUACCAGGAGUACACCACCUACUAUGACCAGGAAACGACGUGUUUCCUGAUCCAGAGUGAGGCACAAAUACCUCGGUGGCAGUCACUGGCCCUCCCGUACACUGCCACCACCUGGCUCGUCAUACUGCUGGGCCUCGUCCUCACUGGACCUCUCCUCUACUGUCUGACCAAACUUGCCUCUUUCAGAGGAGAGAAGAUGGCCAAUAGCUCGCUGGCGUACACCAGCCUGUACACGGCGGGGAUGCACUUCAGGUCUACUCAGCUCCAGGUGCCCACCUCCUCCAGCCUGCAGGUGUUGGUGGUGUUUCUGUGGCUGUACAUCAUCAUCCUCACUACAGGCUACAGCUCCAACCUCACAGCCUUCCUCACAGUGGACCGAACACCACCCGGCAUCAACACCAUCAAGGAACUAUACCAUUCCUCCCUCACCGUCUAUGGUCUGGGACCAUUCUUCGGCAACAAUAUGGCCCAGUCCAUGAAUGACCAUCUCAGGGAUCUGUCGAGGAGGUUUGAGCCUCUGUGGGACUUCGGGAUCAUCAGUAGUCACGUGAUAAAGGGUGACGGGGUGAUGAUCCAAACUCAGCGGUAUUUGACCUUCUCUAGUGCCCAGCUCACCACCCCCCGCGGUGUACCCAAGGUUAGGGUCAUGCAGGAAUGUUUUCUUCCCUUCAACGUCGCCGUCGGGCUGCAGAGUCACUCUCCUCUGAAGACGAAUUUUGACAAAGUCGUGAGUUGGAUCUACCAGAGCGGCCUCCCGAACUACUGGCACAAGCAGACACUCAUCCUGUCCAAGAAGUACAAGAGAGAAGAGGAAGAGGUGAAAGCGACCCCUGAGAGUGAGGUGGCCGGUGGCGGGGGGGUGUCUCUCACUCUGGAGCAUGUACAGGGAGUCUUCUUCAUCCUGGGUCUCGGCUACGUGGCGGCUCAACUUGUGUUCAUGUUGGAGAUGUUCUUGAGUUCUCGGGGAAAUACUCGCUAACAAAUUCCUUAACACACUGGGCUGAAUCACAAGGAGUUCUUAUGAUCAUAUCUGAAUAUUUACGUGUAAACUUCACAUGUUGGUCAAGUAAGAGACGUGUAAUGUGUUUUAGUUGCAAAUUUAGGUUUGAACAUAAUUAUUUAAUGACGUUUUUAUGCAUAGUAAUUUACCUUGACUGUAAGUUCACUGAAGAAUUGUAGUGUUAUUCAGAUGUAAUUAUUAGUGAAGUCGUAAUAGAAAUAAAUGUUGCAUCAAA